AUGUCUGGAUGGAGGUCUCAAUGGCGUCUCGUCCUGCUGAACUCCCUGACCUGCGGCCUGGAGAUUUGCGUGGCAGCUGGGAUCACGUACGUUCCCCCCCUGUUGCUGGAGGCUGGGGUAGAGGAACAGUACAUGACUAUGGUACUAGGUAUCGGCCCAGUGUUAGGUCUCAUCUUCAUCCCUCUGAUUGGCUCAGCCAGUGACCAUUGCAACAGCAGCUACGGCCGCCGCCGGCCCUUCAUCUGGCUGCUGUCCCUGGGAGUCCUCUUAGCCCUCCUCAUCAUCCCCCAUGCCGACCUGCUGGCUGCCUACUUCUCCUGGGGCGGAUGCGCCCUGCAGGUGGCCUUCCUCAUCCUCGGUGUGGGCCUGCUCGACUUCUGUGGCCAGGUGUGCUUCACGCCGCUGGAGGCGCUCCUGUCUGAUCUGUACCGCAAUGAGGAGGACUGCAACCAGGCCUUUGCCAUGUUCUCCUUUAUGGUCAGCCUGGGAGGCUGUGUGGGCUACCUGCUGCCUGCGCUGGACUGGAGCCGGGGCCUGCUGUCAGUCUACCUGGGUGGCCAGGCAGAGUGCCUCUUCUUCAUGCUCAUCCUCAUCUUCGUGACCAGCAUGCUGAUCACCAUGAGGGUGUUGGAGGAGACGCCGUACACCGCGGCUCUGGAGCCUGGUCCUCUCUUGGAGGCAGGUCGCUGUGGUGUGCCGCGCUCCUGCUGCUACCUCCUCAAGUCGGUUCCGCUACUGUGCCUGCUGAAGACGUGCUGGUCCAUGACUCCGGCCAUCUACCGCAGCUACUGCCACGUGCCCCGGGUGAUGAGGCAGCUGUGCAUGGCCCAGCUCUGCAGCUGGAUGGCCGUCAUGUCCUUCAUGCUCUUUUACACAGACUUUAUGGGGGAGGGGCUGUACGAAGGCAUGCCCAGCGCCGCCCCCGGGACCGCCUCCAGGCAGCGCUACGAGGAUGGCAUCCGUAUGGGCAGCCUGGGCCUGUUCUUUCAGUGUGCUACCUCAACCGUCUUCUCCCUGCUCAUGAGCCGACUGGUUCGCCAUUUUGGCUCGCGCCGGGUCUACCUGAGCAGCAUGGUGAGCUUCACCAUCUCUGCCCUGGUCAUAUGUAUGUCCAAGAGCGUGGUCCUGGUCAGCCUGAUGUCAGCUCUGACAGGCUUUGCCUAUGCCACGCUGCAGACGCUGCCCUACACCCUCACAUGUCACUACCACAAGGAAAUGGAGGUUUACAUGCCAAAUAAGAACAUGCUUAAGAAUGGGAUUGCGGUCAAGCAGGACUCGAUCACUCAUUUGACAGCCAUGGACGAGGAGGGAGGGCUGACCCACAAACUGGGGGACACCAACGGGCAUGCUAUCUUCAGCCAGGAAGACUCAGACUACUACCCCCCUCCCCACGGCCAGAAUGGAUCGUCCCUCAGCGCCACGGCCCCCGAGCAGGAUGAACCGGAGGGCUACGGGAAGCGAGGUGUAGGGUUGGACUUUGCCAUCCUGGACAGCACCUUCCUCCUCUCUCAGGUCUUUCCCACUCUUUUCAUGGGCAUGAUUGUUCAGUUCACAAAGUCCGUCACUGCCUAUAUGGCCUCCUCUGCCAUCUUCGGCAUCAUCGCCAUUUAUCUGGCCAACCAGAUCAUCUUUGACCAAAAGGACCUCAAUAGCUGA